ACAUCCACUUCUCGCAUUGCAAUAUUUGUCUACGCGCAUCAAGACAACCGCUUUUGUCCCCAGCCACAACCACGAUGCUUGAGCCUAUGUGACUCUCUGGAUUAUUCCUUUAUUUCAGUUUUAAUUCAACUAUCGCCAUGAGUGCACCAGCAGAAUCCGCAACAACCGCGAAUUUCGUUGCAGCUACUGCUACGCCCGCUACCGCUACCACCACCGCCAUCACGCCGAACAAUCGUAAGCUAUCCCUUUCAUACCGCGAAAUCAGCGUGCAACAACGCGGCGAUCGCAUUUCCGUAAUCACAUUCAAUCGCCCUGCGGUACGUAACGCGCUGACACGUCGCGGCUACUACGAAUUGAUAAGCGCGCUACGCGAUGCCAGGCUCAACGACGCCAUUACAACAAUUGUACUGACCGGCGCCGACGGCUGCUUUACAGCUGGCAAUGACCUCACGCAGUUGAGCCAAUACCCCGAUGCGCACAACUAUUUUCGCUCAUCUAACUAUGUACUGCGUAUGCUGGUAAAGCAAUUCAUCUACUGCCCCAAAGUGCUGGUGGCGCUUGUCGAUGGCGCGUGUGUGGGCAUUGGUUUUGUGUUGGCCGCGCUCUGCGAUGUGGUCUACUGCACGGAGCGCGCUUACUUUCAAGCACCUUUCACACAGCUUGGCAUUUGUCCGGAGGGCUGUGCCACCUACUUGCUGCCGCAGUUGUUGGGGCGUGUUAAGGCAUCGGAAUUGUUGUUAUUUGGUACGCGCUUACAUGCAGAGGAAGCGCUAAACUUCAAUUUUGUGGCUCGCAUAGUGCCCGCAGCGGAGUUGGAGCGGCAGUUGUGGCCGCAGCUUUUGGAGGCGGCGCGCUUGCCGGUAGAGUCGCUGCGCGCCACCAAGCGGUUGUUGGGCAGAGCUGAGCUUGAGCAAUUGCUGCUCGCAUUGGAGGCGGAAUGUCGGGUGGUGGAGCCGCUGCGAUUUGGCGAAACAUAUCAGCGCGCGAUAAAGGCGUUCGUGAAGCGCGAGGAACGUGAGGAAGUGGUUGAUAAUAAAAGCAAGUUGUAAAUAAAUAUUUUUUUAGUGAAAAGUG